UAAUGUAUAUUCAAUGCUAUACAUGCAUUUCCUUCUUACUCUUCUGCACCGUUUGGAGCUUUUAUUUGUGUAACGCUAUAACGAAGCACGUGAUCUCCAGAAAGGCUGUCCACGACGCCCUGCCUGCAUAUGCAAUGACCACGACGGCGGCUGCGUAACGUUGAAGCUCCACAAGUGAGGUGUCCCGGCCCCGCCCUCCAGCCCCGGUCAGGGAGCUCUCCCGGUGCCCAUCCCACCACCGUAAUUAUCUGUCGGGGGAACCGCUCGGCUUAAAUGUUUCCUUGUCGUCUCCGCAGUUAAAAAAAAAAAAAAAAAAAACUAGUCUGCGUUCACGUGAAGUUCGUCGUGCGGCUUGCGUGACAUCGACGUGAAUUCGGUAAUGUCCUCCGGAGGGGAACCGUUGCGGAAGAGUAACGGCAGCGUUUGUGUUUCCUUCCCGGUGGUUAACGACGUCAACCCCCCUUCGCCAGUAACGCUGACGUGAACUUUAGCAAGAUUUAUUAACGAGGUUAGACGUUUAAAGAAUUAUUUAUUUUAUUUUUUUUAAAUUAUAUUUUUAAGCAGCUCGCUGGAGUUUUCGAGCUCAUUUCCUCGCGCUGUAUUUUAUUUUGUUUUAGCUUCACGUUCCCGGUCACGCGCUAACAGCGAGCUAACGCACCGCGACCCACCUCGUCAACGGUCCGCCGGGGGAGAUGCAGCAUCCCGAGCAGGAGCUUCAGUUUCACCGGCGGCGAUAAGCUGGAGAAGCACAGCCGUAUGUUGUCUAUCACCGACACGGUGAGGAGAGACGCGAUGCUCGGGGGCGUCCACAGCUCGUCCGUGGAUCCCAAUUUGUUGUGAAGCCACAGCCCGGUGUCGCUGUCCUUCAUCGACGCCAUCUUGGAAAAAGAAGUGUUUUGAGUUCGGGCAUUUUAACAGGCUACCUAAGAAAACAGUCAGGACCCCGCCCACACGGAGGUCAUUUGACAACGUUGAACCGUGACAACAAAAUAUAUUAAAUAUAAAACAAAACAGGUAUAAUUCACCUUUUUAUUCUAUGGUGAUGUCUCUGGUUUGGUCAGUUUGUUUUGUCCAUAUGUUGUAUGUUUUAUUAAUAAAGUGAAAGUAAGUGGAAUUUUACUUUAAUGUACCGUUGUAACUUAUAUUUGUAUAUUAACUGACAGAAAGGUGCAUAUUAUUCAGUUCUUCCCAACGUAAAUGGUGAGUUUGUUCUCUAGUGCCUUAUUUAGAGGACAUGUCUUCUAGAUACAUUGCCUAAGUGGCAACGAAAAAGAAAAGAAAAGACAUUAAAGAACAUUGCAUGCCGCAGUAUUUUGUAUUUACUUUGAAAUAUUUCAAUAUAAAUUACAAAAAUAUUAUGUCUGCAGUUACCAAAACAUGUUCCCUUUGUAUGCACAACGUAUUAAUGUAUUCUAUGUUAUGAUAAUCAAAAGAAGUAUUUAGUUCAAGUAAAAUUAGCACAAAAAGAAUACAACAUUUUACUAAAUGGAGGCUAUUUAAAGUUAUAUGGAGGCUAUUUAAAGUUCCAAGUGAAAGAGUAAUUAUGUAGACCAGCUCAAAGUGUUAUGUAUAUUAUUACUCAUGUAAUAGCAUGAGGAGAUAAUUAGUACUACUUUAUAAACGCUGGAUCCUUAUACUUAAUAAUCUGUUAAAUCGUCAGUUGUCAUGUUGUAGAGUGUCAGAAAAUGAAAAUACAAAAUGCAGCACUUGAUAAAAUGUACUUAUUUACUUCCAACAAUUGAUAAUAAGCUAAUUAGAAAUCUAUAAAGUCUGUGUUUUAAUUUCCAUUUUGUCAAAGGCCUUUAUUUUGAAUGUUUAAACCGGAAGUCUUCAUUCUGGUCCCCCAAAGCACUUUUCUUUUUUCACGAGCCACACGCAUGCGCACUUCCUUUAACUACAUCAAACAAUCCUCGGUGAGCAUCUUGCGCUGAUCUGGUGUACGGCUAAAUAUCAUCGACUGAUUCACGGUAAUUGCCCACGUCGACACCAUGGCGUCCAGUGGAUAUCUACAGGCAGCGGGGCUCCUCCUGGCGGUGCAGCUGCUCUGUCUCGGUGCAGCUGAUGCGGAUCAGGACACCGGGACUGUCAUCCCUGCCGAAAGUCGCCCAUGUGUGGACUGUCAUGCCUUUGAGUUCAUGCAGAGGGCUCUGCAAGAUCUAAAGAAGACCGCCUUCAGCCUCGAUGCCAGGACGGAGACGCUGGUUCUGAGGGCCGAGAGGAGGGCUCUGUGUGACUGCAUGCCCACCAACUCACUGCGCUGACUCCACCCGAGGACGCCUCCACCCGUCACCCCCCCCCCCGAUCCAAACCUCUACUCAUGUACAGCGAUCGUCACCCCAACUUAUUUUACGCAAUAGGCACUUUAUUUUACUUUCUCUCACGUCACCGUCGAGUGACACUUUGAUUUGAAACAUCAGAGGGCAUGUUGUUGUCGUCGUCGUUGUUGUUGUUGUUCAGCCUUAUUCGGGGCGACUUUUAUACCACUGAUGUUUUGCAUCGUGAAACACAUGCCUGUGAACGUCGUCCGGUUGUUUUUCAUCGCCAUAGGAUUCGGGGUCGGUUCUCAUCUGUCUCCGAUUUUAAGCAUAAAGUAUUUUUUUGUACUUUUUAGUGUUUGACUGUAUGACGUAGAUACGGUGGAACGCAUCGAUGCAUUUCCAAUCGUCGAAUGUGUUGUACGAGAUUAAUGUUUACAACGAUUAUACACAUCGAACUGUAGCAUCACAUGGGAUUCAUUUAACUGCUCGAAAUAUUUCAAUAACUGUUUUUAAACGAUUCAACUGAUUUUCAGGCUGGCUUCUUCUGCAAAAAAAAAACAACUGGAAAAAAAGGGGGGGGGGGGAGGGGGGGCGGUUGGGUAACUUAUUGAAUAAAAUUAUUUUCUUUAUGAUAACCGUAACGAUUUUUUUUGUAAACUAAAUCAACACGAAAAAACAUUUUACCAGAAGUUCAAACAAUAUUUUUUUGUAGGCGUUAAAAAGCAUAAUUCUAGAUGUCGAUUUAGCGCAGCACUGUAGCAUGAAUUUACAGCACUUUUUGUUCACCUACUGUUAAUGUAGAGUUUAUAUAUAUCGAUUGUGUGAAUGUACACAGGUCUUCUGUCUGACAACGGUGUGUAUGCAAGAAUAUAGAUGAACAAUAUCGUUAUGGAAGGGGGGAUAGAGAUAGAAAUAUUGUUGCUCGUUCAUGAACAGUGUACUUUGUUAACAAUGUCACACAACACCACAUUUAUUGUCUUCAUGUUGUACCUAUCAAUAAAAACAAGGAAUG